CCUCCCUCCCUCCCUCGCCGCGGCCGGAGGAGCGCGCAGGCGGCGGCUGGCAGCGCCGGCCGGGCGGCACGGCGGGCUCGGGGGCGCGCAGCUCGGCGGAGCCGUGCGGAGCGGAGCGGGCUCCGGCUGCCCCCCGCUGGGGCAGCCGGCGCGGCGGUUUUGGAGGCUUGCUUGCUGGUCGCCACGUGCUGACGCCAUGGCACUGAGGCUCCCAGGAACGGGGUCGCUCUCUCUCAUUAGCCUUGGAGUCCUAGUCCUGGUUUUGGCUCUCCCUGCUGAUGCUGGGCUUUCUCAGAAGCAUGUUUCAGACGUUGUUGAUGACAGCAAAGAUAACAUCACCAUUUUCACCCGCAUCCUGGACAGGCUGUUGGAUGGAUACGACAACCGCCUGAGACCCGGACUUGGAGACAGCGUAACUGAGGUCAAGACAGACAUUUACGUGACGAGUUUCGGCCCUGUCUCGGACACAGAUAUGGAAUACACUAUUGAUGUCUUUUUCCGGCAAUCCUGGAGAGAUGAAAGGCUGAAGUUUGAUGGUCCCAUGAAAAUACUUCCCCUGAACAAUCUGCUGGCCAGUAAGAUCUGGACUCCUGAUACCUUCUUCCACAAUGGGAAGAAAUCUGUUGCCCAUAACAUGACAACUCCCAACAAGCUCCUGCGCCUGGUGGACAAUGGCACCCUCCUGUACACCAUGAGGCUAACCAUUCAUGCAGAGUGCCCCAUGCACCUGGAGGACUUCCCAAUGGAUGUGCAUGCUUGCCCGCUGAAAUUUGGGAGCUAUGCCUACACAAAGACGGAGGUGAUCUACACCUGGACACUGGGGAAGGAUAAAUCAGUGGAAGUAGCGAAGGGUGGAUCUCGCCUGAACCAGUAUGACCUGCUGGGCCAUGUUGUUGGGACAGAGAUGGUUCGAUCCAGCACAGGGGAGUAUGUCGUCAUGACCACACACUUCCACCUCAAGAGGAAGAUCGGGUACUUUGUGAUCCAGACUUACCUACCCUGCAUUAUGACCGUCAUCCUGUCCCAGGUCUCAUUCUGGCUUAACAGGGAGUCCGUUCCUGCCCGAACAGUUUUUGGUGUCACCACCGUCCUCACCAUGACCACACUAAGCAUCAGCGCAAGAAACUCGUUACCUAAAGUGGCGUACGCGACGGCCAUGGACUGGUUCAUAGCCGUCUGUUACGCCUUUGUGUUUUCUGCGCUGAUCGAAUUUGCCACUGUCAACUACUUCACCAAGCGCAGCUGGGCUUGGGAUGGGAAGAAGGUGCUGGAGGCCCAAGAGAUGAAGAAAAAAGAGCCAGUGGCACUAGCGAAGAAAACCAACAACACCUACAACAUUGUUGGCACCACAUAUGCCCUCAACAUUGCCAAGGACCCUGGCCUGCCCACCAUCUCCAAGAGUGCUGCUGCCACUGCUACUGCCAACGUACCCCCCAAGAUGCCCCGCAUAGAGGAGAAGCUCCCAGAGAGUAAGAAGACAUACAACAGCGUCAGCAAGGUAGACAAGAUGUCCCGCAUCGUCUUUCCAGUCCUCUUUGCCAUUUUCAACUUAGUCUACUGGGCCACAUACGUAAACCGGGAGUCAGCUAUCAAGGGAAUGAUCCCCAAACAAUAA